ACUAACCAUCUUCCAGGAAGGACUGAAUUAAUUACAAAAAUUGAAUUCAUUACUAAGAGGUGGUCUUUGGACCUUUGUAGGUUUUUAUACUGUAAGCUUUACAUUUCAGAAGUUGAUCUGCCUCUGAAAAAAGAUGGGUUCACAUCAGAAAGUACAACUCUGGAAGCCUUGCUGCGUGGAGAGGGAAUAGAGAAAAAACCUGACACUAAAGAGGAAGACACUAUACAAGAAAUCCAGAGAGUUUUAGAAAAUGAUGAAAAUGCCGAUGAAGUGAAUGAGGAAGAGGAUUUGGAAGAAGAUAUUCCAAAACGAAAGAACAGGCCUAGAGGACGGCCAAAGACCCCCACCUGGAAAAAAAUUUUCCAGAAAAAUGCUCGGGGAUCUGGAGGUGGCAGGAGACGGAAUGAUGCUGCCUCCCAGGAUGAUCAUGACAAACCCUAUGUUUGUGACAUCUGUGGCAAGCGUUACAAGAACAGGCCUGGGCUGAGCUACCACUAUGCUCACACCCACCUCGCCAGCGAAGAGGGUGAUGAAGCCCGCGAGCAGGGGACUCGCUCUUCCCCUGUCCACAGAAACGAAAACCACAAACCUAGCCAGGAGCCAAUGAGGUACGGGCAACAGCCAUGCGAAUAUGAAGAUCACCCCUGGGGAAAGUCCCAGAUGCCGGAAG